AUGCCGGAUUUCCCCGACUGCUACCCGUUCAUGCAUCGGCAGAAGCUGCCGCGUAUUGCUACCACAAAUUCCGACACCCAAAUCAUGGUCUUCAACAAGGAAGAGUCCACAUGGGUCCCCGAAGAAUAUGAACGAUGGGAGAACGAUGGAGUGAAAUGGGUGAUCCAAGAUUUACCACCGGAAGACGAAGAGAAGGCAAUCCAGCUUUUGGUCGACCAUCUCGGCUUAGACGAAGUGUUAUGCUCCUCAUGUGGCCUUAACAGCGACCCUGAAAGCGUCGAGGGCAUCAGCAAGUUCUGGCGACACUGCUUGUCACGGCGGACCAGCCUCGCGUGUUACGCGGAGAAGGACGGAGCGAGAACCCUCGUGGGGGCCAAUGUGUGCGUCGUGUUGAGAAAGGGCGAACAUCUCUCCGUCGAGAUAGAGGGGAAGGAGUGGCAGAACGUUUAUCACGGCCUCGAAUUCGUGGAGACUAAGAGGGAUCCAUUCGAAUACUUGGGUCUUGAUGUGUUGCUGUGCGCCUACGGGCUGGUGGUGAAGAGAGAGUACAGAGGCGCAAGACUGGGGGCACGUUUGCUGAACGCCAGGCAACCUUUGAGUAAACGUUUGGGUGUCAAAGCAACGACCACAGUGUUCACCGGCAUAUCGUCUCAGAAGCUAGCGGCCAAGUGCGGUUUCACGACGAUAGCGGAGGCGUCGCUCAGCGAAAUGGCCGCGUCGGGUCUCGAUUACCCGAAAGACGAUCAGAGGGUCAUUAAACUUAUGGUCAAGAGAUUCGAU